ACAUCUGUAUAUUGUCUUCUGUAAAUUGAAUCUAAUUAAUUCAGUGGAGAAAACCAACAUACUCUACUCUCAAAAGGAAAAAAAAAAAAAACUCUUAAAAGCCCUUUUGGAGAUGCCAUUCAGAGCUGAGACCAUGAGCUUUUACCUGAAUUUCUAUCUGCACUACCUUGUGCUACUGGGUUCAAGUUCUGGCGUUACUACCUAUGGCCCCCAACAGAGGGCGCAGAAGACUGGUGACAUACUGCUGGGCGGCCUCUUCCCCAUUCACUUUGGAGUGGCCUCCAAAGACCAGGACUUGGCAGCUAGACCAGAGGCAACUGAGUGUGUGAGAUAUAAUUUCCGUGGAUUCCGCUGGCUACAGGCCAUGAUCUUUGCCAUUGAGGAAAUCAACAACAGUUCUACUCUUUUACCCAACGUCACACUGGGCUACCGAAUAUUUGAUACCUGUAAUACUGUCUCCAAAGCUUUGGAGGCCUCCUUGAGUUUUGUGGCGCAGAAUAAGAUUGAGUCACUGAACUUGGAUGAGUUUUGUAAUUGCACUGGGAACAUCCCAUCAACCAUUGCAGUAGUCGGGGCCUCUGGAUCUGCAGUUUCUACAGCUGUGGCAGACCUUGUGGGACUCUUCUAUAUUCCACAGAUCAGCUAUGCUUCAUCUAGCCGCCUCCUGAGUAACAAGAACCAGUACAAAUCCUUUAUGAGGACCAUCUCGACGGACGAAUAUCAGGCUAUUGCCAUGGCUGCUGUCAUCGACCACUUCCAGUGGAACUGGGUCAUUGCCAUCGGCUCUGAUGAUGAGUAUGGCCGGCCAGGCAUCGAGAAGUUUGAGAAUGAGAUGCUUCAGAGGGACAUCUGCAUCGACCUGAAUGUGCUGAUCUCGCAGUACCUCGACGAAGCCGAGAUUGUGCGCCUGGCAGACCGCAUUGAAAACUCCACUGCAAAGGUCAUUGCUGUGUUUGCAAGUGGGCCAGAUGUGGAGCCACUGGUCAAGGAAAUGGUAAGGCGCAAUGUCACCGAUCGCGUGUGGAUAGCGAGCGAGGCAUGGGCCAUCUCCAGCCUGGUCGCCAAGCCAGAAUACCUGGAUGUUAUGGGUGGGACUAUAGGCUUUGCCUUGCAGGCAGGUCAGAUACCUGGCUUCAAGGAGUUCCUGCAGCAGGUCCAUCCCAAGAAGUCCGCUCAUAAUGAGUUUGUUCAGGAGUUUUGGGAAGAGACAUUCAACUGUUACCUGGAAGACAGUCUUCGGAAGGUGGACAGUGAGAAUGGCAGCACCAGCUUUAGGCCACUGUGCACAGGUGAGGAGGACAUCACAACUGUAGAGACACCUUAUCUGGACUAUACUCACCUGAGGAUCUCCUAUAAUGUUUACAUAGCAGUUUAUGCCAUAGCUGAGGCACUACAGAACAUUCUCACCUGUACACCUGGUAGAGGACUCUUCGCUAAUGGCUCAUGUGCAGAUAUCAGGAAAGUGGAGGCAUGGCAGGUCCUGAAGCAGCUGAGGCACCUGAAAUUCCAGAACAGCAUGGGGGAGAGGGUGCGUUUUGACGAAAGCAGCGAACUCUCGGCCAACUACACCAUCAUAAACUGGCACCGGUCACCUGAGGAUGGUUCUGUAGUCUUUGAAGAAGUUGGUUACUAUAUCGUACAUGGCAAAAAAGGGGCCAAGCUCUCCAUAGACAAAACGAAAAUACUAUGGAAUGGCUAUACGACUGAGGUGAUAUGUCUGCUGGUUGUCUGUUGCCAGGUGCCAUUUUCAAAUUGCAGUGAUGACUGUGAGGCUGGGACCCGGAAGGGAAUUAUUGAGGGAAAGCCUACCUGCUGCUUUGAGUGUACCGAGUGCUCUGAUGGUGAAUAUAGUGACCAUAAAGAUGCCAGUGUUUGUACCAAAUGUCCCAACAAUUCCUGGUCCACUGGAAAUCACACAUCCUGUUUCUUAAAGGAGAUUGAGUUUCUAUCCUGGUCAGAGCCAUUCGGGAUUGCUUUGGCGUUAUUUGCUGUGCUCGGAGUGCUUCUGACCUCGUUUGUAAUGGCUGUUUUUGUGCAGUUCCGGAAUACGCCCAUAGUGAAAGCCUCAAACAGAGAGCUGUCCUACUUGCUGCUCUUCUCCCUUAUCUGCUGUUUCUCCAGCUCGCUCGUAUUUAUUGGUGAACCUCAGGACUGGACAUGUCGUCUACGGCAACCUGCCUUUGGAAUCAGCUUUGUUCUCUGCAUCUCCUGCAUUCUGGUGAAGACCAAUCGGGUCCUACUGGUGUUCGAGGCCAAGAUACCCACCAGUCUUCAUCGCAAGUGGUGGGGGAUGAAUCUGCAGUUUCUCUUAGUGUUUCUGUUUACAUUUGUGCAAGUUAUGAUCUGCGUGGUCUGGUUGUACAAUGCCCCACCGGCAAGCUACAGAAACUACGACAUUGAUGAGAUCAUCUUUAUAACCUGUAAUGAAGGGUCCAUGAUGGCUCUGGGGUUUCUGAUUGGCUACACUUGCCUGCUGGCGGCUGUGUGCUUCUUCUUUGCCUUCAAGUCUCGGAAGCUUCCAGAAAACUUCACAGAGGCCAAGUUCAUUACUUUUAGUAUGCUCAUCUUCUUCAUUGUGUGGAUCUCCUUUGUGCCUGCUUACUUUAGCACCUAUGGCAAGUUCGUGUCUGCAGUAGAGGUUAUUGCUAUUCUGGCCUCCAGCUUUAGCUUGCUAGCAUGCAUCUUUUUCAACAAGGUCUACAUCAUCCUCUUCAAGCCAUCCAGGAACACCAUAGAAGAGGUUCGAUCCAGCACGGCGGCUCACUCUUUCAAAGCAGCCGCAAAAGCCACACUAAGGCAAAGCUCAGCAUCAAGGAAGAGGUCCAGUAGUGUAGGUGGGUCCUCAGCCUCCUCACCCUCCUCGUCAAUCAGCCUGAAGACAAAUGGGAAUGAGACAGCCACCCCUCCACAGAGGCGCAGCCAGAGGCAGAGGGUGAGCUUUGAGGGUGGAACAGUUAAUCUCUCACUCAGCUUUGAGGAAACAAGAGAGAACUCAGUGAAACUGUAACACUGAGUAGCUUGAUUGCCUGAGGGGCAAUUCUUUGGUGCUUAAAAUGGCUGCUAUGUAGAAACUGUAGAUGGUGAUGAAUGAUUGCUUUGUUUGGUACAAUGAAAAUAAGUCUUUUUCCAGCCUCUGAACUUUAGUCAUUUUGAAUUUAGUCAUUUAACAGAAUCAUGCUCUGUCAAUCCAGCAACCAUUUUGCUAGUCUCACAUGAUCUUCUAUACCAUUUAAAGGCAUCAGGAUUUCCAGAACAACAGCAUGGAUGAGUUCUAAGUUGUAAACUGUAUAAACAAUGGGAACAAAAUCAGCAUCCAUAUGUCUCUUAAGGCCUUGAAUAGUUGUGUUGAAUAUUUUUAGCUUCUGGAAACAUGGUUGUGUGGUCAUUAAAGCAGUU